UGUGUUAGAGAAAGUGUUUAAUUAUGAUUGCAGGCGAUGUGUUCGACAAAAAGCCUCAGAGAAAAGAAAGAGACAGAAAAACGACACAAUUACGGUUUCUCUUAACCAAACCACCUAUCAUUACUAUUGUCUGCUCUCCACACUCACUCCUCGAUCCGCCGGCCAAAGCCCCCACCUCACCCCUUUUCUUCUUCUUCUGAUUCUUCUUCUCCUCUUUAUUUCACUCUCUUUUCUUUUUUCUUUUUCUUUCCAUAUAUGUUAUAGCUUGCUUUACAAACAAACAAACUCUUUUUUUUGCGGGUCCGGCAGUUGUGGCGUCGUGAUCUGUGUACCCUUUAUUCAAAAUUUAAUUUUAAUUAUAAUUUUUAAAGAAAUUUGUGAGAUGGAGAAGUGGAAAUCGGCAAAGGAGACAUUUUUAGAGGUAGUAUAGUCUUUACUAGCUGUAAAGGUCCACUCUUUAUAUAUAUAAGCUUCCUUCCUUCCUUACUUUCCCCACACCAUGACCCUUAUUUGACUCUGUGGACUAGGAUACCUACCUACCUACUACUACUACCUCUCUCUCUCUAACCUUUUUCUUUCUCUAAAAUUAAAACAGAAUAUUUUUUUGGUUGCCCAAUUUCCACCUAGAGCUAGAUGAUCUUCUUUUUGAAAAAAAGUUGAGAAAAAGAGUGAUCUUUGCUUCUCUGCUCAGCUAUGGCUCCUCCUCCACAUGGGAAGGAUUCUGGGUUUUACAGACAAGGCAAUGACUGGUUUUACAAGGCUGGAUUGCCAAGUGAUAUUGUUGUGUCUGUGGAUGGAGUGAAUUUUCAUCUUCACAAGUUUCCUCUCAUAGCAAAAUGUGGGAAGAUGGCACAAAUUUAUGAAGAAUCUCAAAGUACUCGUACGAAGAUUCUCGAUACAAAUCUGGAAGAAUUCCCUGGUGGCCCUGAUAAUUUCUUGAUUGCUGUUAAAUUUUGCUAUGGUGUGAGGAUUGAGUUGACUCCAAGAAACACAGUUAUGGUUUAUUGUGCUGCAGACUACCUCGAAAUGACAGAGGCGUAUGGAGAAGGAAACUUACUGUCUAAGGCCGAGAAUUUCUUUUAUAAAAAUAUACUUCACAAUUGGAAAGAUUGUAUCUUGGCUCUCCAAAGCUCUGAGCCCGUUAUAAGUAGAGCUGAGAAGCUCGGGAUAGUAAACAGAUGUUUGAAUGCUUUGUCUGUGAUGGUUUGUACCGAUCCUAGUUUGUUCGGUUGGCCAAUGAUGAUGUAUGGUAGUCUACAAAGCCCCGGUGGAAGCAUUUUGUGGAAUGGAAUAAAUACCGGUGCAAGAAUUCGAAGCUCUGAAUCAGAUUGGUGGUUUGAAGACAUCUCUUAUCUCGGGAUUGUUUUGUUUGAGAGACUUAUCAAGACAAUGGAAGUGAAGGGUAUACGAGCUGAAAACCUUGUAGGCGCUGUAAUGUACUAUGCAAGAAAGUACUUGCCUGGUUUAGGCCGAUGGCACAGUGGACAAAGUAGCAUAGCUAGAAUGGUUACGAGCAUUAGUUUGAAACCCGUUCCCCACGAUCAAAAGGUUGUAUUGGAAAACAUUGAAAGGCUACUUCCCCAGAAAAAGGGGAAAUCUUUUUGUCGGUUUUUACUUGGACUUCUUCGUGUGGCUUUGAUACUUGGAGUCAAUCAACCGUGUUUGGAUUCUUUAGAAAAGAGAAUAGGGAUGCAACUUGAACUAGCAACCUUAGACGGUCUUCUAAUUCCUACAUAUUCGGAUGCUGACACAUUGUAUAAUACUGAUUGUGUUCAAAAGAUUGUCCAUCACUUUAUGUCAACAGAAACAACUAUUGAGUCAUUUUCUCCAACAUCACAGGACAUGGAAGCAUCGCCAUCAGCUGAACCGGUAAGAAAAGUUGCUAAGUUGAUCGAUAGCUACAUUGCAGAGGUUGCUUCUGAUGUGAAUUUAAAGCCCACAAAGAUUCGUUCUUUAGCUGAGGCUAUACCAGGGUCUGCAAGAUCAUUGCACGAUGGGCUUUACCGAGCACUGGAUAUAUACUUGAAGGCGCACCCUUGGCUCCCGGACAAAGAGAAAGAAGAACUUUGCAACAUCAUUGACUUCCAGAGACUUUCUAUCGACGCAUGUGCUCAUGCAUCCCAAAACGAAAGAUUACCACUUAGAAUUGUUCUUCAAGUCUUAUUCUUUGAGCAGAUGCAUUUGAGGACCGCUCUAGCUGGUUGCCUCCAUGUCUUGGACAAUGAAAGCGCCCCUGCAGCUCCCACAGUCGAAACAGCUGGACAGAUUGUGCAAAGAGACGGUUGGGUGACUGUUGUGCGAGAAAACCAAGUUCUGAAAGUGGAUAUGGAAAGGAUGAGGUCUAGAGUUGGUGAACUCGAAGAAGAAUUUAGUAAAAUCAAACAGGAGAUGAAAAAAGUGAGUAAAUCUCAUAGCUCCCUCGGUUCUCCCCGCUUAAUAGGUAGAAAAUUCGGGUGUAAGCUUCUUCCACGGUCAUCUGAUGCUCAACAAGAGACACUUGAGAUUACCGAGCCAACUCCUAGACCAUCUGCUGGAUGUGAGCUCACUCCAAGAGCAUCAUCAGUUGAAAAGGCUCAUACUUCGGGUCACUCUAGACACCGAAAAAGUUUCUCAUUGUUUUAAGAGAGAACUAGUACAUAUUACAUAAGCGAAAACAAUGAAGUCUGCCAUGACAACUAUAGACUCUGUUUGGUACUCAGAAAGUUUUAAGGAAGGAGAAUAUUCUUUUGCUUGUAAUUUUCGACUGCUUCGUGCUGCUUUCAUUACUUUCCUUCCGGAUUUUCUGCUGACCAAACAGAGUAAGAACAGGGCACUACUUCAACAAAUUAUACACACAUUGCAACUGUGAAUGAAAAAUGGAAGGCUUUUCCCAAUCUGCUAAGUGAGGUAACUACUCAUCAUUCUUUCGGUUUAGUUUUCGUUGGUACUUUGAGACAUUCUUUUCACUAUCACCCUUUUGAAAUCGAAGACCAGCAGAAGCGAUGAAUCGGGACAAGAGGUUAGAUUUUCCAUUGAAGAUGAAUUGGUUUGAUCACAACAAAGUGCAUACAAGUAAAUAUUACCUUUGUUUCAUAGAUAGAAAAAGAGGAAUUUUUAAUUUUUAAUCUUUAAUGUUUAUUUUCUUGUUGGGCUUUAUACAUGUAAAUUUAUCAAAACAAUGAGAAGAUUAAAUUAUAUAUAAUAACAUCAUUAAAAGCUUGAUCAUA